AUCUUGCACCGUGAAUCUCUAACCUCACAAUUAUUUUCAGCACGUGUGAUCUGUGAUCGAUGUGAUAUUAUUUAUUAUACGUGAUGGAUUUUCGCCAGAUUAAUUAUUUUUACCCUUCUUGUUUCUAGUCAAGAAAAUACUUUACAGAAUAAGUGUCAGCCGUGCCUAUCAGUUAUGUGUUCAGUUAGUGACGAUUUAGAUUGUUUGAGUCUGACUAGUUCUGGCUCAGGCACUGAUAAAUCAUUAUUCCAUGCAACAUGUAAAAAGUGUCGCAGCGAACCUGCAAAAGUAGUAGUACAGUUGAAGGAGGCUUUCUGCAAGAACUGUCUCCUACUCUACGUAAAUCAUAGGUUUCGUGCUUGUCUUGGUAAAUCUAAACUCAUUAAACCUAAAGAGAAAAUAUUAGUUGCAGUAUCUGGCAGUUUAGCGAGUGCAACACUUGUAGACUUAAUUCAUUGUGGUUUGCAAGACACCACUCCGAAACGCCUUAUGUUCAGUCCGAUAAUUGUUUUUAUUGAUGAUGGAGCAGCCCUAGGUCUUAGCAAUGAACAACGGCUCAAAAUCUUCCAAGAAAUGAGAAUCAUGUUGAAGAAUUGCGGACUUUCAACUUUUUAUGUACCUUUGGAGUCAGUAAUUAACUUCGAACACAAUGAUCUGAAAGAAAUUCAGAGCGAAACUACCUUAAGUAUAAAUGAAUGCUCCGUCAGUAAAGUUAGGAAAAUAUUUGAAGACUUGAAAUCUGUCACCUCUAAGGAAGACUUGCUCAUUAAAUUAAGAAAUAAUUUGCUAAUCCAGAGUGCCUUAACAUUAAAUUGCUCUAAGAUUUUAACUGCUGAAACAGGGACGGAUCUUGCUGUGAAAUUGAUGUCAAAUAUAGUCAUUGGUAGAGGAGCUCAUCUUCCCCUUGAUGUGGGAUUCUGUGAUACUAGAUGCACUUCGGUUCUGUUACUCAGGCCUCUCCAAGAUGUUAGUAAAAAAGCUGUAGCAUUCUAUGUCUUGAUGAAAGGAUUGAAAACUGUUUUCAUCCCGGCAUUUUCAAGCAUAGAAAGGAAAAAUUGUAGUCUUCAAAAACUAACAGAAAACUUCCUUGUUGGUCUUCAUUGUGAAUUUCCAUCUACGAUGUCAACAAUAUUCAGAACUGGAGAGAAAUUGUCUUUAAAUCCACUCAGUCCAAAUUUUGGAACUUCGUCAUGUGAACUAUGCCAGGGUCCUCUAGAUAUCUAUGCAACUGAAUCCUCUGCAUAUCUGGCCACACAAAUCUCAUCUGCUGUAUCCAAGUAUGGGAAAGCUGCAAUCAACAGUGAUGGAAUUCAUGUGAUGAACCAUAGUUCUGAAAGAGCCAAAAAUAGAAUAUUGAGUAGCAGUUGCAAAAAUGAAGCAAAUGGUACAUUUUUCAAUCCUGUUUGUUAUGGCUGUCAGUUAAUUUUAGCAGAAUCGAAUAAUCAAAUACAUUUACUGCAAAAUUCAUUAAGGAAACAUCAUAAUCAAAUACUAAGAGACAAAAUGAAGGAAGAAAUUGCAGAUUUUCUGAUUGAAUGAAUUCCUGAACAUCCCUGAGCUCAUGGAAUGAAUUCCUGGACACCCUAGAGCUGCUGGAAUGAAUUCCUGGACAUCCCUGUGCUGCUGGAAUGAUCUUCAAUAAUGUGUAUAAGUGAACAUAUUUUUUUCUCCUUUUUCUACUUUUGUAUUGUAUAGUAAAACUCGCUUAUAUCGUCCUAUGCUUAUAUCGGAAGUUGCGCGCGGCCCCGUUUUUUUGCCCAUCAGAACAAUGUAAAAAAAUUCCGGAUACAUCGGAACUGCCCAUAAUGGAACCCGCCUAUAAGGUGACAAAUUUUCGGUCUGAAACCGAUGUAAACAGGAUUUUCCUCCAAAAUCUGCACAGAGUUUCAAAACUUACCCUGUUGUAUCUUCAGCGACUAUUCAAAAGAAUCAAGAUAAAGGAAAUGCCAUUCUGUUACUGGUGGUACACGAAUCAAUUCCUUAUUGAUCACGUGCCUUAUUGCCAUGCGAGACGCGACUGAAAAAGAAUUCAAUAACCCGCUAAGUAGGUCGGAGAAGGUGUAUCAAAGGAAAACAAGAAUUAGGUUGCCAAGUUUUUGCAGUUUAUUUUUCUAAUGUUUGACACAUGUACAUUGUCAGCAAUAAAAGUCUACUCUAUGCUGAAGUACUGCUCUAUCCGUCACUUUCUUCUGAAUGGCUGAAAAAAAAAGAACCUUCUGCACUUCGUCAUCAAUGUCUAUCAAUUGAUCUGCAAAUUUUGAGGAAACGUAUCGCUGCAAGGCAAAGUUUUUUGGCUAAAAUGUGCACUUUAAAUUUUAUGGAGAUUUCUUUUUGCAGCUCUUGUUUGUUUUCCUCGCAAUGUUAAAUGAUUUUAAUUUUUUCCUCACAUUCAAAACGCUUCGUUUCUGAUAAGGCCUCUGCCUAAAACCGCCUGUCUAAAACAGUGGCGCCAUAUCACUCGCAAAAUCUGUAACUUUCUACUUGAUUAUAAAUUUAUCUUAUCAAAACCAAGGCGAUGAACACAAAUCCAAGGUCAAUCAGCACAGACAUAGCUGAUGAAUGGUGAGAGUAGAUAAAGUUCACUCGAUAUCAGUUCCAUUUACAUAAUAGAAAGGUGAAGCUUACGUAAAUAGACAGGAAGCAUGAUUAAUCACGGUCCUCAUCAAUCUUCUGUUUACAUAAAUGACAACAGGUGCAUUCGAUCUGAUUGGCUAUUGUGUUUACGUCAUGCGUGUGCUUUCUGCGCACGCGGAGAGCAAGACCUUACAGCAAGUUUUACCCCUCCCGUUAUUCCACACCUCUUUUUCUCGUCCUGCAGUGCAGUUCAUCGGAGAGUAGCGUGAAGUGUUGAAAGAUAUACUCAGUUCCUGUGUGAGUGCAGGGGGUGGGACAUGGUCAUUUGCGCCUGAUACAAAAUGAACUGUCGGCUGGGUAAAAAUCCAUUAUUUUCGCAAUUUUAGGCAAAAAACAUUGAAACUCGGUUCUCCCGGAACGCACUUACAUUGGAAAUUUCGGUCGGUCUACGCGAUCCGAUAUAAGCAAGUUUUACUGUAAUUGACAAUCAGGAUAGUAAGUUGUUGAGCCACUCAGGUAGCCCAGCACCCAUCGCUCCAACUGGUGUUCCCUGCUAGUCGCAUUACCACUGUCCUUGAGAAUCAGAGGAAGAAGAAAUCAUUUCAGCAAGUGAAAAACUAUUCAGUAUUGCAAUUUUUUCCAUUUUUAAUUAGGUCAGAAUUUACUUUUGUAGGAGAAGGAAAAGAAAAUCUGGCAGGAAGUAUAAAAUUGUCAUGAUUGUGAAAUUUCCAAACUAUUUUGCCAAUGCAUCGGGUCAUUCAAGCAUUUAUUUCAUGUCCAUAUUUGUUACACUUUUCAAAGUUUUUUUUGCCUAAGUCUUAUUGGAAAUACUCUGUAUAUCUGUAUGGUAUUUAUUUGCUCAUGCAUCAGGGCAAUGUGUUUGGGAUAGCAUGCUUGGGUGCCAUUCCGUCAAUUCCAAGUCCAACUCAUUUUCGUUAAAAUAAAUUGUUAAAGGAAGAGGGCGAAGCAAACCUUGCCCCUGUGAUAUCCCUUCUUCUGCUUGGUAGGGCAAUUUUGCUUCGAUCCUGGCAAUGGGUCAGCUUGGCUGAAUUUUUUUAUUGCAUACUAUGAAAGUACUAGGUGAAGUCAUUAUACCGAAUUUUUCCCGAUUUUUUUAAGCCCUCUGGCCUGAGAAAUCUUACUUUGAAAACACCAAAAAUUGAACGUCUCUAAAACGCCUUUUGAAUGCACAUUGUUGGCUUGACGCCAUUUUGAAAAGUCACCUGUUAGGUGACCCUCGGUUUAUUUCGAUUUAGUCCGAACAAUAUGGCUGCUGUCCGGUUUGUUUGUUUAUUUACCUAAGUUUCUAUUUGUGACAAUUUGUCUGGUUUCUCUAGAUUUACUGACAAUUGUCCGCUACUGGAAUACUAUGUCCCGUUCUGUUAUGUCUUAACGUUCUCCCAGCGUUACGCGAUGUUACGCGUUUUUCACACUUACUCCUACACAGAAUUAUACAAUUUAGGGGAAAUAGAUUUUUCCCAGAAAGCCUCAGCUUUUCGGUAAAUGCUUUUAGUAAAGUCUUCAUCAUAAGGCAUGUA